UACUGAGGUCAUUGUUUGUCUACUAACAUGUUUUAAUGCCACGCACUCGCCCAGUUUAUGCCCACAAAAGGUGUUUCAACGGACCAAAUGCAUCCUCAUUCGUCCAGUCAUCUUACUUACUACACACUCUCCCUCUAGGCCUGAGGGGAUUCAUCUUCCUAAACAUAUAGUCCAAUUCAAUAUACACUGGUACCUAGGUUUCUUACGACCGCUUAAUGUACGUGCUUGAAUUACUUUUUAUCCCUAUCCGCCGAUGAAUCUGCCUGGAUACUAUUCAACGAAUACAGUUGAAGACCUCAUGCCACAUCUUCCUAUUGAUCAACGUGGUUCCUUUGUCACAAGUCCAAGUAUAAGAAAACGGAAGAGGGAACAAGUCCAAGCAGAUAUUGUCUCCACAUCGUCAGAUAGACUUGUCCCUUCGUCCAUUCAGUAUACGAACCCACAAUUCCGCUUAGACUACCCAGAACUCUCUGGUCAGAGCAGAGGGGUUUUUACUCGCCAGCGAUGUCUACACAGGAAACGACGAGUCCAGCAACCACAUACUCACCGCAGAUCGCCAUUUACAGAGAAUCUUUCCCAUACGCUACAGUCAAACUCGUCCCAGACUAAGAUUUCUUCACAAAACAUCUAUGUUUCCGCGGCCUUGGAGGUCAACUCCCCGCCAGUAUCCCCUAGAACCACAUCUCCAAAUCCCUACCAGCAACCGCAAACCCUCUGUGCAUCUGCGUUCUGUCUACGUUCGUGCCAUAUCUGUCACAGGAAACCUACUACACGAGAGUUCAUCGACGCCUAUGCAGACUGUGAUUUAUGUGGUCAGAGAAGCUGCCAUAUAUGUCUCCGGUAUUGCGACGCUAUAGAUUGCAGCGGGCUAGUUAAAAUGCCUACAUUCAACUUUCAAGAGAGUGCCAACAGCGACGGAAUGCAGACCCAGCGGGCUCGGAAGGUUUGUUCGGCCUGUGCGGUUGAAGGUGUGACCGAAGCGGGCAUGGAAGUGGCAAGGUGCCUUGAAUGUGUGCGAGGCUUCCAACCCCAAUUUCAGGCAGUUCAUCCGGACUAGGAGAGAUACGGUGGCCUUGAAACUAGCCUUACAUGGACAAUAAGGGAGUGAUGGAAACAUGGGGUUAGGACGGG